AAGGUUUUAAGUUUUGUUGACAGGGUGUCAGGUUGUUGUUUAGUUUGGCAUUACUUUUAAUAAUAUUAAAGAGUUAUUUCAUAAAUAUAUUGUCAACUAUUUAAAAAUGAUACACAGUCUGUUUAUAAUUAAUUCCUCAGGAGAUGUUUUUAUGGAGAAACAUUGGAAAAGUGUUGUUUCCAGAUCAGUUUGUGAUUAUUUCUUUGAUGAACAAAGGAAGGUAGGCAACCCAGAUGAUAUGCCUCCAAUUAUCACAGCACCUCACCAUUACCUCAUUAGUAUUCAUCGGUCAUCCAUGUUCUUUGUAGCAGUUUGUACAACAGAAGUUCCACCUUUGUUUGUGAUUGAGUUCUUACACAGGGUUGUCGAUACAUUUGAUGAUUAUUUUACGGAAUGUACCGAGAGUAUAAUCAAAGAGAACUAUGUUGUCGUGUACGAGUUAUUAGAUGAGAUGUUGGACAAUGGUUUUCCCCUAGCAACAGAAUCAAAUAUCCUCAAGGAAUUAAUUAAGCCUCCUAAUCUGUUAAGGACUAUAGCCAAUACAGUAACUGGUAAAUCUAACGUGAGUGCAACAUUGCCAAGUGGUCAACUAUCGAACGUGCCCUGGAGGAGAACUGGGGUUAAGUACACUAACAAUGAAGCUUAUUUCGAUGUUGUCGAGGAGGUAGAUGCCAUCAUUGACAGAUCAGGGUCUACGGUCUUUGCUGAGAUUCAGGGUUAUAUUGACUGUUGCAUUAAACUGUCUGGAAUGCCUGAUCUAACAUUAUCUUUUAUGAACCCUCGCCUCUUUGAUGAUGUCAGUUUUCAUCCAUGUGUCAGGUUCAAGAGAUGGGAGACAGAAAGGAUAUUGUCCUUCAUACCUCCUGAUGGUAACAUGCGAUUGAUGUCUUACCACAUUGGUUCUCAAAGAGUGGUAGCGAUUCCGAUUUAUAUCCGGCACCACCUAAGUUUCAAAGAAGGUGUGCUGGACCUCACUGUUGGACCAAAACAGACAAUUGGCCGUACUGUUGAAAAUGUCGUAGUCGAAAUUCCUAUGCCGAAGUGUGUUUCCAAUUGUAGCUUAUCGUGCAAUCAAGGAAAAUAUUCCUUUGACCCCGUAAGCCGACUGCUAUCCUGGGAUGUCGGAAGGAUAGAUGUCUCAAAGCUUCCCAACUUACAAGGGAUGGUGACUUGUCAAAGUGGAUCCGCUAUGGAAUCGAAACCUACAAUAAAUGUAAAGUUUACUAUAAACCAGAUGGCCGUGUCUGGACUGAAAGUGAAUAGGCUAGACAUGUACGGGGAGAAGUACAAACCGUUCAAGGGGGUCAAAUACAUCACCAAAGCUGGAAAGUUUCAGAUCAGGAUGUGAAUAUUCUUGUAUUCAAACCUUUUAUUGCCAUUAAGAUCAUUAACAUCUUGUAUUGCAUUUCAUUCUCGAAAUGUUUCAAUGUUGUUAUCAUGUAUAAUAAUUAAACUUAAAUACACUAUGGCUGUAAUUACAGCACAGUCUAUAAUAUCAAUUUUCUUUUAUAUAUAAAACCAUAUGUACAUAAGUGUAUAUAUUCAUUAUUAAAUUACACUUUUUCAAUAUAUAGCUGGGAAAUUCAUGUUAUUAAAUAUUACAAAAAGUUAUGACCAUUUUAUUUGCAUGAUUUUAUUUUUUUAUUAUAUUAAUCUAUUGUUAUUAUAUGUUUUAUAAAGUCUGUUUUGUUUAUAAAAAAAAUAUAUACAUUCCUUU